CCUAAAAUCCUUACAAUAUCUGUUAUAGAUGUGACAGCUGAGGCAGUAGGUGUAGCUAUUGCUGCACCUCCAUCAGAAGGGGAGGCAAAUGCAGAGCUGUGUCGCUACCUCUCAAAGGUGCUAGAAGUAAAGAAGAGUGAAGUUAUUUUGGAGAAGGGUGGUAAAUCGCGUGAAAAAGUGGUGAAGAUUUUGGCACUGAUGACACCAGAGCAGAUUUUAGAAAAACUGAAAAAAGAAGCUUCCAGUUGA